AUGGCCAGAGGAGUAUUUGUAGGGAAAUCGCGCGCAUUUCAGCCAUCAGAUACCAUAUCGAGUCCCGUUUUAAACUAUACCGAUGCCCUCCCGAGAAACGACCUCCAGGCCGUCGAAAAUGCUACAAGCCACGACCGAGCAGCAACACCUCGUCAAGCCGUGGCAUACUGGGACUUUCAACGACCCAGGACAUCAGAAAGACCAACACAAAACAAGAAACUGCAGGCCUCGGGUCCUGGGUUUGAUUUUCGAAUAACCGUGCCGCCAGCGGAAGCCGUACCAUCACCGACGAAUAAUGAAAAGGGAAUGAACGAGAACUUGAUAGGUAUUGCUUUGGGUAGUCCUAGGCUGGCUGAUUCGCAAAGCACCCCUUCAAAGGCACAAGAACGGCCUCCUCUUGUUACUACCAAUACUGAGAAACCGAAGCGAUCAAACCUGCAGCGCAAAUCCAGUAAGUGGAGGAAGAUCGGAGGGCUUUUCAAGGCAAAGCAUGCUUUGACAUCCGCAUCGAGUAAACCAUUCUACCAAGUCCGAGUCAACAAUGAUGGCUGCCUACAAGGAUCUUCAUAUUCAGUUGAUUAUCAGCCCAACAAUCCCGUGAACAAAAGAACCCCGGAGAAGGACGACGAUGGAACAUGUGACUCUUGGCCGCGUAUAGAGCCUGGAAUCGAAGCGAAAACAAAGGAUCAGCAACAGAAACCCGGCACUCGAGAUCUAUCCACGAAAACAGGACAGCAAGCUUCUGGUUCAAAAUCAAGAAAUCCUGGCCCCUUGCUACAAGUCGACAUUCCUGAUAUUCAGCUGGAAAGGUAUAGCGUGAUGUUUGGUGGUCUUUUGGGUAAAGACCAACCAAAAGACCAAUCACCUUCUUCAGCCAGAAGAAGCAAAACAUUGAAUGAUAUAACGGCCCCAAGUGCAGAGUCGUCCGAAAGUCCAUCAGAACUUCUACCACCACAACCGCGAUCAGCUUCACCGUCCAGAUCAAAAUCGCCCAGCUUCACAUUGUUCCCAUCAACUCAAGUCAACAAAGCCUCCAAGGUUCGAGGAUCCCAAAUUCUGCCGCGUGGUUCUAGUCCUUUUCUCAGGAGCCAAACAUCUUUAACGAGACUUAAUACCGGGACUCCUACUGCGGACGAGAACAGGGUUCAUGUGGAAACUCCGCCACCAGGAAAGUCCCCAGUGUCACAUGAACCACAUAUGGAAUCUUGUUUGGUUUCGCCCGUGCCUAUUCUACCAGAAAGAAAUGAGGAGCCUUCUUCGAGAAAGGCCGAGGAGAUGCCUGAAACCCAAUGCCAUACACAUCAGGAGCCAGGCCCGGAAACUGCCAAUCAGGAUACCUUAGGAAAUGAACCUGCACAGGAAGCGCCCCCAUCUUUAAAGAUUCAAACAGCAGGACUGGUAUCUCAACCAACCAGCAGUCAUUCAAACUCACCUUCUUCGCUACUUAGCCCUCUUGAUGCAACCAGGGAAAAGGUUGACCAGAUCAUGUCUCCCGUGGAAAGAAAAUCCGCGGCCUCGCCAGCAGAAUCCACCCGUAUGCCUCUCAGCGAUGAGCAUGAUGAGGCAGAAGAUAUAAAUCCUGAUGAUUCCGUGGAUCCGCUUCCCAAGAUUGAGGUUUCCAUCGCGAGAUCUGUCUCCGUGUCGAAAGGCAAAAGACAAGUCAUCGUACCAGUUGGACCGAGAGCCGAUCGACUGAAUCCAGACGAACGACUCAUGAAUAACCGGGCCAAAACUCCUCAGUUCAUGGAUGCCCAAUAUGGUCACCGGCAUGGAAAUUCUCAAGACGCGCGAAUUGAAACGCUCUGA